AUGAAGACCUCCUCACUUUUCUCAAUGGCCAUUGCGGCUGCUAGCUUUGCCAGUGUCAACGGACAAGUCAGUGGCAAAAUAAGAGGAGAACAAUGGCCCGUUGCCAAACCUGUAUUGAACGAGAUGAAGGGCCAGGGUUGCUGGAAAUCCCUUGGCAACAUGACGAAGGUGUAUUCGGGAACCUCGACAACAUCUGGCUUUUGCUGGAAUAAAUGCAAGACGAAGUACGCUGUAUUCGCUCUACAGGCUGAUUCAUGUUAUUGUGGUCAGCUUUACCCACAAGAAGGUGACGAGGUUGACGAUGACAAAUGUGACUGGGAAUGUCCUGGUUAUCCUUACGAAGCCUGUGGUGCACUCAAGAAAUACUACUCCGUAUUCAAUUCGGGGUUGGAACUUGGACCCGACAAUUACGUGGAGGAGAAGUCGACCUCAAGCGCUGCGCCCUCGUCAACCGAGGCCGCUUCCAGCACCACCGCUGGAGGAGAUUCCGCUGCCUCAACCCAAACCGACGACACAGCUGCAAGUUCAGAAGCAGCCUCCGAGCCUAAGAAAGAUGGUCCCAACGUAGCCGCUAUUGCCGCCGGAGUUGUGGUAGGAGUUGUGGUAGUCGCUGCAAUCGGUGGCGGUGCCAUAUUCUUUGUUCGCCGCCGACGAAACGCAGAGAUUGAAGAGGAGCAUCGACGAAACGCUGCUGUGAAUGCCUUCAUCAACGGCUCCAAGCCCCCAGGCAGCAGCGGCAGCAUCUCCAUGACUGACUCUCGUCUCGAUCCCGUUAUGGCCCAUCGACGACUCAGCGACGGUAGCAUCGCCGAUAACCAAGAUUACUCUCGAAGAAUUCUACGGGUCACCAACGCUUAA